AUGGACAUGAACGGUGUUCGAUCUUUGCCAAGGACCCUGAUAGUUCCCGGAGGAGCUUGUGGAUUCACUCUUCAGAAACAUCAGACUUAUCUCCUCAGUGGAUUGUACUAUGGCCAACGUCCUUCUCAACUUUACUCAUCUCGAUGUCUUCUCUUGAAAGAGGGAGAUCCUCAACUUUGGAAUCAAGUGUCUCCAUGCACUCAAAUGGAUUUGAAAACUCUUCGAUGCCCCAGGAAACCGACAACUUUCCCAGCAAAUGUCACG